CGUCUUGCUACCGAGCUCGCCUUGCUCGAGGCUAUGUACCCGGACCAGCUUCACUUUGCUGAGAAAGCUAGAGAAAUGAACUAUAGAGCAGAUACGAACGCACUCGUUCUCAGGCUACCGGACGGCUACCCUGGUAUAGAGCUCCCGCAAGUUCUGUCAGCGAACGCCGGCAAAAUUGACGUACGGGAAAGGCUCAAGCGACGAAUUGGGGAGCUUAUCAAAGGCGAAGAGCUGCUCGAUACUAUCCUAGCCAUCUUCAAUGAGCUUGUAGAUGAUGUCGGUCAGCACGGCAGUGAUCACGCGGAGCAGAGCGAACAAGCGAAAGCUUUACAACGCCGUGAACCUGAUACGAAGGCCACGAUCAUUGUGUGGCUUCAUCACUUACUCAAUACCAAUAAGCGCAAACUCGCACUAUCCCCCGCCUCGUCAGCCGUAUCAGGUAUCACCAAGCCUGGAUAUCCUGGCGUGCUUAUAUAUACCGGCCCUGCGAAUGCGGUCCACGAGCACGUGAUUGAACUCAAGUCGCAGAAUUGGCAAGCUUUUCAGGUCCGGUUUGAGAGCGAUGAGGAAUGGAGCUUCGCCCAUGGUCAGGGCGUUCGAGAGGUGGAAGCGAUGAAGGACGUCGUGGCUGACGUGGGU